GAAUGGACUGUUCCAAAGACAGAUGUCCCGGUCCACAACAUUUGGAAUGGUGUUCUGCGACCCCCCCUGUGUUUGCAGCGCGUGUGGAUGCCUGUGGUAUCGCUUCUAGCAUUGGGAUGCACGUCUGAACGGAAUUCCUCUAAUCAAAGUCCACGCAUGGGUUACUAACGACACAAACAACGGAAGCAGGAGCACUUGAUAUUGGAGGAUACUUGUACUGUAACUGAUAUAUAAGAACACGCUACCAUGGAGUGCAAAGAUGAAGCCAGUGAUACGGACAGUGGCAUUAUCCUCCAGUCAGGCCUUGAUAGCCCCACGUACCCCGUGAAAGACAUGCCCACGCACACAAGAGCGGUGAAACUGCGCCAGCAAUCCCUGGAAGACAAACUGGAGAGCUGCCGACUGGAACUCAGAAAGCUGUGCAUCCGAGAAGCUGAGCUGACUGGAAUACUGUCCAAAGAAUUCCCCCUGAAGCCUGGGGAGAAAGCACCCAACGUGAGGCGAAGGAUCGGGGCAGCAUUCAAACUGGACGACCUGAGCAUCCUGCAGCAGGGAUCGGACCCCAAGCUGAGCUCCUUGGAGGCGGAGCUUGCCCUGCAGUUUCAGAUCUACGAAGCAGCCCGCAGGCUGUCAUUGGAGGAGAACAUCAGCAGGCACAUGAAGAAGAACCGGCUGAACCAGUGCGAGAAGGAGCAGAAGAAAUUGAAGGAGCUGCAGCAGGCUGUGAACGAGCUCCACACCAAGGCUGGACACAAGCCACUGCACCCGGGCAGCCAGCUCCAAGACCCGGACCCUCACGGCUCCGAUGACAGCUCUCUGUCUGACGCUGCGCUGCUGGAAGACGAGGGCGUUCCAGCUCUGACCCCCCACCCUGUGUGUGAGACCUCCUCCCCAGCGGCACCCCCCCCUCACAGCUCCCCGCUGCCCCCCACCCACUCCCACCGCCCGCUUCCCCCUCAGACCUUGGAAGGCCUCAUCCUGGGGCUCAGCCCCAGCCUGGAGUACGACCGCUCCCCCAUCCAGAACACCGCCUGGCGGGAGUCCAGCCUCGACCAGCCCUAUGAGAAGCCCAAAAAGACCAACUCCGCCGCCAGCAGCCAGUCCAGUAGCCCGGCCGGGACUCCAGUGUCGACUCCAGUAGAUUUCAGACUGGGAGAUGUUCAGCUGCCGUACCAGUUCAGUCCGAUCAUGAAGCUCCCGCUCCCGCUCCGGCACACCCACUCCUCCAGCGCUCCCUCCACUCCGGAGAUGCAGGGGCGCUGGGUGCACUCGCAGUCCGUGAGGCUACCCAGUAGCGACCCUUCCCAUGAUCCUUUGGAAUCCAGAGGGCGGAGCCGGUUACCUAGGAGACAAUCUGCCAACUUCAUGAUGACCUCCCAGGACCACCCCUUCCCUCAGCCCAGAAUGAACCUAUCCAACCCCCUGUACCACUCUGGCUCUGAGGACAGUAACUCCGACUACUCCACCCCCUCCUACACAAGCUCCUCCUGCCAGGAAAGGAUGCCAGAGCUGGUCAGACCGGGCCUCCCACCCUACCCGGGGCCUCCCCAGAACAACUGCUACUCAGGUUUCUACAAGAACCCCCAGAACCACUCCUCCCCAAACUUCUACCCACCGCAUGGAUGCACUGAGGGUGGGAGGGGGUACCUCAGAGAGAGUGAUCAGGGGAGGGGGUAUCUCAAAGAGAGUGAUCCAGGGAGGGGCUAUCUCAUAGAGAGUGAUCAAGGGAGGGGGUAUCUCAGAGAGAGUGAUCUGGGGAGGGGUUAUCUCAUAGAGAGUGAUCAGGGGAGGGGGUAUCUCAGAGAGAGUGAUCUGGGGAGGGGUUAUCUCAUAGAGAGUGAUCCAGGGAGGGGCUAUCUCAGAGAGAGUGAUUCGGGGAGGGGCUAUCUCAGAGAGAGUGAUUCGGGGAGGGGCUAUCUCAGAGAGAGUGAUCCGGGGAGGGGCUAUCUCAGAGAGAGUGAUCCGGGGAGGGGGUAUCUCAGAGAGAGUGAUCCGGGGAGGGGGUAUCUCAGAGAGAGUGAUCCGAGGAGGGGUUACCUGCAGCCCCCUCCUCCCCUGCUGUGGGAUCACCCCUGCAGGCAGUAUCGUUACGAUGAUGAUCCGGCUCCACGGAGGGUGAUGCAGAGGCCCUUCCCCGCACAAGUCAAGCUUGCUCGCGCCCCCUCUCUGAAGGAUUACCCCCAAUCUGCCAGCCAGAGGGGGCUGCCCAGAGAGGUGGUCUCGGAGGAGCUCCAGUCCUGGCACGUGCGGACGGUGUUCAGGAGUGUGCGCCCCCGGUCCCUCGACAGACAGGGUGCCAUCCGGGUCAGAAGCAACACGCCAGGCAGGGAAUCCCCCCUCACCAGGCAGCCAGUGCCCCAUCAGCAGACUCCGCAGAGACGCAUCUUGCAGAGAGCUCCGGACGGGACACCAGUGCAGUGGUAUGUGGAGGAAGAGUCUGAAAUCAUCAGUCAGGUUUAGAGACGAGAGACAAGAGACAAGCGUCCGGCGUCCCCCCUCCCCACUUGCGGACCAGAGACUCCAUCCUAUUUAUUUUUUAAUUUAUUUACAAUCCUAUCAUUCACAAGGAGGCUGAACAGACGCCUGACCCGCUCGGACGCCGACGAGAUUCAGGACCCUGCGCAGGCCUUUUGCACACUUGGCUAUAGAUGGUGUGCAGCAGAGGGUUAUUCCACGCUGCUGUAAAAUGGCUGGAGGAAUCGCCCAUCGGGAACUUCAACUGGAAGAGUCUAAGAGCAAUGCCGUCGUGCGCGCUGCUGCUGCAGAGUUUGUAGACUUGAGGAAACUAAUGUGGGAAGUAAACCGAGCUUAUAAAUCGAUUCUCUUACCUCUCUGUUGCCACCACGCUAUCACAGAUGCCCUCCUGUGCUUUUAAUUACCUAAGACUUCCCUGAACUUGCAACAUGAACGAUAAGGGUUCACAAGGAUGAAGAAGCCAGCUGUUUGCUCAAUAGUUCAAUGAAACCGUGGUCAUGCCUGCAGAUGUUUUCAGGCAGAUUGUCAAACACACUGUUUAGCUAUGACAGAAUACAGUGAGGUCUAAUUGAACUUGGAUCAUUGACAUCUGGUCACAAGCUCGCCUGACUGUAUCUGGUGCUGUUUCCCUUAUGCAAGUGUAUUCCAGGGUGAAAGAUUAUGAAGCGUGUGUUCUCCGUCUGCAGGAUGUCUGAUAAGGAGUGUGAGAAACCCCUUUUUUUAUAAUCUUCAAUAAGCACAGCACCGAACGCACAAAGCCAGGGACAGACUGAAAUCGUUUUAAAGUCUUCGGACUCCACCAGGACCAAUAAUAUCGAACGAUAUUAAACUAAUAAUAAUUGAAUGAUAAUUUAAAAGGAUACACUGGUGUAAAUAAAUAUAUGUAGAAAUAUAACAUGCUGGUCAUUGUACUGAAAUGUUUCGUGUUUAUGUUGGUGAACACUAAGUGUAUUAAUAUAAUGGAUGUUUUGGUGUUUUACUGUAUAAUGAAAUAAUAAUAAUGCUACACAAAAAUACAGAAGCAUCAAUCUGCUUUUCACUCAGCUGUUGCUUUUAUUUUGUUACUUGGAUAAUGACACAAAAACUAAAACAAAUAGUUGUACAAGUAUCACAUCCUGUGCUGAAGGUCAAUUUUAUGGUAGAACAGGAAGUAGGGUACUAGAAAGCAGUUCUGUUUUCUAGAAGGCAUGUUCAGAAAUAGAAAUCCACCCAUAGAAAAAAAACUGCAUUACAUACGAUGCUAAUAUAUAGAAUAUCGUAUAGGCUACGAUACAAACCAAUAUCUAAACGAGAAUUCACAGCAGCUACCCGUGAAGAGUUGUGUUGUUGACCACUCUGAGCUUGAGUGGGUUCAGACGUGUCCAUUCAGCAGGUGUCUGUUAUCUGCAGUGUGAGGGUGUGGGCUUCCUUUCCUUUAGUAAAGGCUACCUGAUAAACGCUUGGGCAGUAACUGUCCAUUUCAGUGAGUAAAUUACACUAACGGGUGUGUGUAGGCAACACUGGGCUCAGAUCGAUAUGGAUAUAACAAUGUGUUUAAUAUCUUGGUUUCUUUUGCUCAUAAUAUUUGUUCUUUUCAGGUCCGCAUUUAGAGGGUGAAUUCUAUGUUUUUCACCUCUGGAGACCUGGGUUCAAAUCCAGCUUGGGUGAAAAGGGAAAUGAGUUUCGGUGAUAAAACCUAACCCCUUUAUUGGAGAUUUAGUCACAAAAAUAAAUGUAAAUUGAAAUAAUAAAAUAGCUUGCAUUUAAAAAUAUAUAUAUAUAUAUAUUUAAUGUGAUUAUAAUAAUCUGAUUUGGACUAUCAUUUACUGAACAGGGCACUGUUUUUUGUAUGUUUU